AUGGUCUCGAGUAACGCGUGCCUGGCCAUCUUGGCCUUUGCCCGCCUCGCUCUCGUUGAUGCCGGCAGCAUCCACCGCCGCGAUUCCGUCCCGGCCCCCUACGUGGCCGCCCCCUACUAUCCCACCCCUCACGGCGGUUGGGCACCCGAGUGGGCCGACAGCUACGCCAAGGCCAAGCUCUUGGUUGAGCAGAUGACCCUCGCCGAGAAGGUCAACAUCACCUCCGGAACCGGAAUUUUCAUGGGCCCCUGCGUCGGUAACACGGGCAGCGCGCUCAGGCUCGGCUUCCGCCAGCUCUGCCUCCAGGACUCGGCUCUGGGUGUCCGACAGACGGACCACAUCACCGUCUUCCCCGCCGGCAUCACCACCGGAGCCACCUGGGACAAGGAGCUGUUCAGGGCUCGCGCAGAGGCUCUGGGCAAGGAGUUCAAGGGCAAAGGAGCCAACAUUUGGCUUGGGCCUGCCGUGGGCCCAAUUGGCCGCAAGCCUCGUGGAGGCCGAAACUGGGAGAGCUUUGGAGCCGACCCUGUCCUGCAAGGAAAGGCAGGCGCCAUCACCAUCAAGGCCGUCCAGGAACAGGGUGUUAUCGCAACCAUCAAGCACCUGAUCGGAAACGAGCAGGAGAUGUAUCGCAUGUACCACCUCUUCCAGGACGGUUACAGCUCCAACAUUGACGACCGUACCUUGCAUGAGAUCUACCUCUGGCCAUUUGCCGAGGGAGUUCACGCCGGUGUCGGUGCCGUCAUGACUGCAUACAACGGCGUCAACGGCUCUGCUUCCACUCAAAAUUCCAUGCUUAUCAACGGCAUCCUCAAAGAUGAGCUUGGUUUCAACGGCUUCGUCAUGAGUGAUUGGCUUAGUCAGAACAGCGGAGUCGCAAGUGCUCUGGCGGGUCUUGACAUGUCCAUGCCAGGUGACAUUCACACAGUCCCGUUGGCUCUGGGCCAGAGCUUCUGGAACUACGACCUCAGUCGUUCGGCCCUGAACGGAUCCAUCCCAAUGGACCGACUGAACGACAUGGUGACCAGGGUCGUUGCUGCGUGGUACCAGAUGGGUCAGGAUAAGGACUACACCGACGUCAACUUCUCCUCCAACACGGACAAGGAGACCGGUCUGCUCUACCCCGGUGCGCUCAUCUCACCUUCUGGGGUCGUCAACAAGUUUGUCGAUGUGGCUGCAGACCACUGGAAGGUUGCUCGCGAGAUUGCCCAAGACGCAGUCACCCUUCUGAAAAACGACGACAACGUGCUUCCCCUGUCCAAGUCCCGGCCCCUACGCGUUUUUGGCACUGGCGCCGCCGUCAACCCUGACGGCCCCAAUGGCUGCACUGACCGAAACUGCAACAAGGGAACCUUGGGCAUGGGCUGGGGAUCGGGCACUGCUACCUAUCAAGUGUUCCAUGACCCCAUCACCAGCAUCAAGACCAACUCAGCCAAUGUGACGUAUUACCAAACUGACAAAUUCCCCAGCGUGCCCACGCCGGGUGAUGACGACGUUGCAAUGGUCUUCAUCAGCUCCGACUCUGGUGAGAACUCAUACACCGUGGAGGGCAACCACGGUGACCGCGACAACUCGGGACUAAAGGCGUGGUAUGGUGGUGACGAGCUCAUCAAGAAGGCUGCUGAAAAGUACAAGAGCGUCAUUGUCGUUGCGCACACUGUCGGCCCGCUCGUCAUGGAGGACUGGGUGAACCUGCCCUCCGUAAAGGCAGUCUUGAUCGCCCAUCUACCCGGCCAGGAGGCCGGCCACUCCCUGGCUAACGUGCUCUAUGGUGAUGUUUCGCCCAGCGGCCAUCUUCCCUACUCCAUCCCUGUCCGCGAGGAGGAUUACCCCGAGAGCACCAAGCUUCGGGGCUUUGCCUUUGGUCAGGUUCAGGACACCUACUCUGAGGGAGCAUACUUUGACUACCGCCACCUCCAGAAGAACAACAUCAAGCCCCGGUUCGCCUUCGGCCACGGCCUCAGCUACGCCAACUUCACCUUCUCCGACGCCACCAUCCGCCGCGUGACGCAGCUCAGCAGCACCCCGCCUCCGCGCCAGCCCAAGGGCUCCACUCCCGUCUACACCAACGACCUCCCCCAGCCGUCCGAGGUGUACUGGCCUGAGAAGUUCAACCAGAUCUGGCGCUACCUGUACCCUUACCUGAGCAAGAACGACGCCGACAACGCCGCAAAGGACUCCUCAAAGCAGUACAACUACCCGGCGGGCUACAGCACCGAGCAGAAGCCCGGCCCGGCUGCGGGUGGCGGCCAGGGUGGCAACCCGGCCCUCUGGGACGUCGCGUACGAGAUCACGGUCAAGGUCUCCAACGACGCCAGCGCCAGCCACGCCGGCAAGGCCGUCGCCCAGUUGUACUUGCAGUACCCCGAGGGCAUCCCCUACGACACGCCUGUCGUGCAGCUGCGAGAUUUCGAGAAGAGCGCCGCCAUCGCUCCGGGCGAGAGCACCGAGCUCAAGCUCACCCUCACGCGCCGCGACGUCAGCGUCUGGGACGUCGUGUCCCAGAACUGGGUCGUGCCCCAGGUCGACGGACGCUACAAAUUCUGGAUCGGUUCUGCCAGCGACAAGCUGUUCCUCGCCUGCUACGCCGACACGCUCACCUGCGAGAGCGGCCUGGCCCCGCCGGCAUAA